UCAGCCUUGCGAGCUGACGCUUGCGAGCUUGAAGCAGCAAGGGUUAUUCUCCGUGUUGUCGCGCUCCGUGCCUCAAGACAGCGUCACUGCAUCGCAUAUAGGCAUCGGCUUUACGAAGGUACAAGAUCCGCAUCCGACCCCCUGACCCUCCCCUGAGCCCUCUUCCCUCCCUCUGUUGACGAACCUGCAGCCCUCAUCGAGCUUAGCAUCGAACCUUAUUGGACCUCUCUGACGUCACUAUGGUGCGCGGAGGCGGCUACGGCGGCCGGAGCAACAGAGGUGUGUGGAAGCGACACAGCAGGGCGGGAGAGAGGGGAACAGCAGGCAGACACAGGCACGAUGAGGGCACGCAGGCGGCGAGAUGGGGCAGACAGGGCGAGACAGGCCAUGAGACACGAGAGAGGGGACAGGGAGGAGGGAGGGGGAGGGGAGGAGAGGCUGCUAUGCGGUGACUGAAUGACGGCCACCUGCUGCGGCGAGCCCUUUCCCUCCAUCCCAUCCACCACACCUACACCCGCACACGCCACGCCCAGCUUACCUAUUUAUCUGUCCAUGACGCGGCUUGCUGACGGACACGACACCGCUCUCACGAUGGAUGCUCUCUUUGCCUGCCUGCCUUUCUGCUUUCUCUCUCUCUAUUGGGUUGGUGGUGCUGCCUGGUGACAUCGCAUCGCGGCCUCCAUUCCUUCCCUUCCCAUCCCAUCAUCUAUCUAUCUCUAUCACCUACAGGCAGAGGAGGCGGCAGGGGAGGGCGCUCCGGUGGCGGCGGGUCGGGCGGCCAGCUCGGCAUCAACCGCAGAUCGGGGGGCGGCGGGGGAGGGUAUUCGGGAGGAGGGCGCGGUGGCCGAGGAUCGGGCUCCCGCAGCAGUGGGCGCAUCAUGAAGGGCGGCGGCAGCAUGCGCAUGGGGAGGGGCGGCCGCGGCAGUGGCGGGCGCGGGCGGGGUCGUGGGCGAGGCCGUGGACGUGGACGUGGACGCGGCGGCGAGAAGCCCGCUAACAAGGAGGACCUGGUGAGAGAUUGACGGAGGGGGCGACGUUGACUCACUUGGUGUUUUGUGGUUGAUGUGUGUGUGCUGGUUCAGGACGACCAGCUCGACAACUACAUGUGCAGCCAGAGCAAGUGAGUCCGAACAGGAAGGAGCAGCACAACCAACACGCCACACACAUGACCCCACACACAUGCUAUGCUGUCUUCGGUCUAUCUGUGGAUGGAUGGAUGUAUGGUCAGGCUCAACGCCGAUUUGGACAGCUACUGGAAGAAGGGCCAGAGCGGCUCGGCCGCCCCCGCGGGCGCCGAGGGCACCGGCGAGGCCGCACAGGACGGCGAUGUCGCCAUGGGAGAGGCCGGUACGCUUGUGCAAUGCACACCACACCCACACCUGUGUACUUGUGUGUGUUAUGCUGUGUGGUGUUGGGUGUUGAUCUCACGUGUGUGUCCAGAGGGUGAUGGAGCCGAGACCUAGGCGCAUACGGCGCACACACGACACCCAUGACAGCUAGAUAGACACACGUAGACAUCCAUCGCCUCGCCACCCACACAUCCAUCUGCAUGACACAUACUCACAUGGACACAUGCGACUGACUGCCCGGCCGUGGAGCUUUUUCAAGCCCCGACGAUCGAUGUGUAGAACGUUCUUCGCCUGCCUGCCUGCAUCUGUGCACCUGUCUGCCUGCCUGCCUGCCUGCCUGGCUGACCGCCCUCUCCCCUCUCCCUAAUUUGUCUCGCCCACAACAUUGGCUGGGUUCAUGAUACGUGGAUACUUGGCGUGGCCGAGUGACAUGUGCAUCGACUCGACUGACUAAGAGUAUGGGUGACGGACGGAGUGAUGAUUGCUUCAAUCAAUCGCCUGAUGGGUCAGUCACU